AUGACUGUGGCUCUUCUUCCAUCAGCGACCGAGACUGUCCCCGACGACGGAGACAGAAGAACAGAGACGCUGCACGGAGGAGCCGCCAGAAGACCACAGAGCGAGCAGACGAGCUGCACCAGGACAGGUGUGUAUCCUCAGGAGCUGCAGAGUCUGGAGCAGGAGAACUCUCGUCUUCAGAAGGAGAUCCGGGCUCUCAAGAGAGACAAGGACCUGUUCUCCUCAGCUCUGGAGAAGCAUGAGCCACUCUGCUGUCGCUGCCCUGUCCCUGUGUCCUCUGUCCCUGUGUCCUCAUGUGUCCCUGUGUCCUAUUGUGUCCCUGUGUCCUCUGUCUCUGAAGUCCCCUCCACUGUACAAACCUGCAGUAUUCCGGCCAGCUCUGCGCACCAUUGCUGGACCAUUCCGGAACAUGCCCUUGUCCCUGGUCUUGCUCCUGGUCUGGCUCCUGGUCUUGCUUCUGGUCUGGCCCUUGGUCUUGCUCCUGGUCUGGCUCCUAGUCCAUCUGCUUCCUGCCAGAGCAGUCACCUCCUCUCAGUCUUGGGUCUCCCUCAGGUCGCCCCCCCUCGGGUUGGUCGCCCUGGGGUCGGUCCCCCUCAGCUCGGCCCCCUUCUGAUUAGCCCUCCUGGGGUCGGUCCCCGUCGGGUCGGCCCUCCUCGGGUUGGCCCCCCUGGGGUCGGGCCACCUCAGGUCGGCCCCCCUGGGGUCGGCCCCCCUCAGGUCGGCCCCCCUGGGGUCAGCCCCCCCGUCCUGCAGUCUGUCCCUCUGUGUCACACAUCAGUGGGGACAGAGGGACAAUUUGAGCGUCCUUUCAGCUCAGGGCCCCUUCCCUUGGAGGCCCCCGCCCCACAGGACCCACUGGCCCCUGGACCUGUGGACCUGGCUCUGUUCAAUGACCUCAAACUGUUACUGGACGACGACUGGCUCCUGAAUGUGCAGCAGAUCUGA